UUCGAGGCUGAGGACAUAUAUAAAUCCUGCCCUUUCUCCGAUUCGAUUCGAGGAAUACAUUUAAUCAUGCAAACGCCGAAAGCAAGUAGAACAAGCUCCGUAGCAGUGCCUCAGAGAAAAUCACCUUCAACACCUCGAACGGCUCAGCAAUUGAAGAUACCGGGAUCGGAUUCAGACUAUGUUUCGUCUCCAAACCCUGCAGGUAAGAUGCCUAAAGACCGAAGUCCUAAGGCUACCGAGCAUAAAGUACUGAGAACUCCGGUAUCUGAGAAGAGUCGAUCGAGCCGAGUGACUGAACUCGAAGCACAGCUAGAUCAACUCCGAGCUUUUUUGAAAAAGUCCGAGGAUCAACUGACUGCAUCCGAGUCAUGGAAGAGGCUAGCCCUUAAGGAAGCCGAGGAGGCCAAGAAACAGCUAUCGACAAUGUCCGCCAAGCUCGAAGAAUCCGAGCAACAGUUGCUGGAAAUUUCUGCAUCCGAGGAUGACCACGUGCAAGAACUCCGUAAAAUCUCGCAAGAUCGAGAUAGAGCGUGGCAGUCCGAACUCGAGGCUGUCCAGAAACAGCACUCAAUGGAUUCUGCUGCAUUGGCUUCUGCUGUGAACAAAAUUCAGAAACUUAAAUUUCAGCUUGAAAAGGCAUAUGAAUCCGAAGCCAUUCAAACCAAGCAUGCUGAGUCCGGACAUACUGAGAUUCGGAACUUGAGAAUAGAACUAACUGAAACUCUCUCAUUGGUCGAAAAACAUAAGUCCGGGCUCACUGAUUUUCGAGAAUCCGAAGCCCGGGCUCUUGAACUCGUUAGCAAAACCCGAUCGCAACUCGGAGCAGCAAAUAAAACAAUCGAAAUGAUGCGUUCUAAUGCAACCAAAGAAACAGAAGCUUACAACACGUUACAAUUGGAGUUGGAGCAAUCAAAAGGCAGAGUUAAGUCAAUAGAGGGACUAGUUAGCAAGCUCCAAGUAGAACUCGUUGGAAGUGUCAAGGAUCGCGAAGUCGAUAAACAUCAAUCGAAUGAAGAAAACGAGGACAUACAUCAGCUCAAAAGCGAGCUUAAUUUCGCCAAGCUCGAAAUCAGUCAGUUGAGAUCGGCAUUGGAUGCAGCUGAUGUGAGGUACCAAGAAGAAUAUAUAAAAUGCACCUUGCAAAUUAGAAGUGCUUAUGAACAAGUAGAAUGCAUAAAAAUGGAGUCUUCCAAAAGGGAGGCGGAGUUGAAGAGAAUGAAAGCCGAUAUCGAAGAACUGAGAUCGAACUUAGGGGAAGAAAAUGAGGAUCUGGAUGUGAAGAUUGAGAAAAACCAGUAUGACAAAAGAGAAUCAGAACAUGCAGUGGAGUUGAAGAAGUUAGAGGCCGACUUGAUUGAAUUGAGAGAUAACUUGGCGACCAAGGAAACCGAACUGAAGACGGUAACCGAGCAAAACAAAAUGCUCGAAAUGGAAAUCGAGAAACGUAAAACGGAGAGUAACAAAGUUAGUGAUGAAUCUGGUGCAUUGUUAGAAGCAGCAAGGGCUGCAGAGCGAGCGGCAUUGAUGAAACUUGGAUACCUAACGGAAGAAGCCGAUAAGAGUAACCGGAGAGCAGCUCGGGUGAACGAGGAGCUCGAUGCAGCACAAGCAGCCAAAGCGGAAAUGAAGGCGGAGUUGAGGAGACUGAAAGUGCAGGCAGACCAAUGGAGAAAGGCUGCCGAGGCAGCUGCGGCCAUGCUUACUAACAAUGGGAAACAACCAGAGAAGAGCCUGUCUUUUGAUAUCAACUAUAAGCCAAGAAUCGGAUGGGAUGACAUGGACGACAAUGACGACGAUUCAUCAAAGAAGAAGAAUGGAAAAAUGUUGAAAAAGAUUGGUGUGUUACGGAAGAAAGGGCAGAAAUAA